AUGGUCAGUUGCAAAGCAUACCAGCAGCCGGAGCGUUUGAAGAACGUGAUCAAGGAGGUCUUGGACUCUGAGAAGAGCAUCAUCCUCAUGAUCGACGAGAUCCACACAUUGGUCGGUGCGGGUGGGACCGGCGAUGGAGGUGGCGGUGGUGCCAUCGACGCAGCGAACAUCAUGAAGCCUGCCUUGUCCCGUGGUGAGCUCCAGGUGAUUGGCGCAACCACCAACGAGGAGUACCGGAAGUACGUAGAGAAGGACAAGGCCUGCGAACUUGCAGGGUGCGGCUUUCAAGUUUGGGAGUUGUUCGCCUGUGAGCAGGUGGGGGCGCUGAGCUAA